CACCCACCCUCCUGCCCCAGGAUCAUCGACGGUGUGACGUACCCAGGGAACAUCAAGCAGAAGGAUGCAGCCCAGAAGCAGUACAGUGCGGCCGUGGCCAGAGGGGAGAGCGCUGGCCUCGUCAAGGCCACUGGGAGAAAGAUGGAGCAGUUCCAGGUGUCGGUCAGUGUGGCCCCCGCUGCCAAGGUCACCUUCGAGCUGGUGUACGAGGAGUUGCUCAAGCGGCGCCUGGGAGUGUAUGAGCUGCUGCUGAAGGUGCAGCCCCAUCAGCUGGUCAAGCACCUGCAGAUGGACAUUCACAUCUUUGAGCCUCAGGGCAUCAGCUUUCUGGAGACAGAGAGCACCUUCAUGACCAAUGAGCUUGCAGAUGCCCUCACCGUUUCACAGAACCAGACCAAGGCUCACAUCCGAUUCAAGCCGACGGUCUCCCAGCAACAGAAGUCUGCAGAGCAACAGGACACAGUCGUGGAUGGCGACUUCAUCAUCCGCUAUGAUGUGAACCGCACCCUCUCUGGAGGCUCCAUUCAGAUCGAGAAUGGCUACUUUGUGCACUACUUUGCCCCCGAGGGCCUCUCCACGAUACCCAAGAAUGUGAUCUUCGUCAUCGACACGAGUGGCUCCAUGAUGGGCAAGAAAAUCCAGCAGACUCGGGAAGCCCUCAUCAAGAUCCUAGAGGACCUCAGGCCCGAAGACCACUUCAACCUCAUUAGCUUCAGCAAUAAAGCAAGCCAGUGGAAGCCAUCGCUGGUGCCAGCUUCGACCCAGAACGUGGAGGAGGCCAAGAAAUAUGCUAACAGCAUCCAGGCCCAGGGAGGAACCAAUAUCAACGAUGCAAUGCUGUUGGCUGUGCAGCUGCUGGACAAAGCCACCCGGGAGGAGCAGCUGCCCUCAGGGAGCGUCUCCCUCCUCCUCCUCCUCACUGAUGGCGACCCCACUGUGGGCGAGACCAACCCCACAAAGAUCCAGAGGAAUGUGCAGGAGGCCAUAGGCGGUCAGUACAGCCUCUUCUGCCUGGGCUUUGGCUUCGACGUCAGCUACGCCUUCCUGGAGAAGCUGGCGCUGGACAACGGUGGCCUGGCUCGGCGCAUCUACGAGGACUCGGACUCCGCCCUGCAGCUGCAGGACUUCUACCAGGAGGUGGCCAACCCCCUGCUGACCACAGUGACCUUCGAGUACCCAGGCAAUGCCGUGGAGGAGGUCACGCAGGACAACUUCCCGCUGUUCUUCAAGGGCUCCGAGAUGGUAGUGGCCGGGAAGCUCCGGGCCCAGAGCCCUGAUGUGCUCUCAGCCACAGUCAGCGGGCAGCUGGUGAGUGUGGCCAGCCAUCCUGGCGUGGAAGGGUGGCUGCAGCAGGCAUUCAGAGGGGCUAGGUUCAAACUCCAGCCUGUCAGACUCCAGCCCACUGACCUUGGGCAAGUGACAAAGUGCCCUCUGCCACCAUGGGGGACUCCAGACCCCACUGCAUGGGCUGGUGGUGGAGAUUCCAUGAGAUAAUGUCCUGAUUCUCCU